AUGAACGAGAACAAUCGAAACGAUUCCGCCUCGUCCUUCGGGAAGCUGGUCGCCGGCGCCGCUCCGUUCUGGAUCGACUCCAACACGCCGACGAGAAGAAACUCCUUCCACUCUGACCACCGCCCGGCCGCCGCCUCCGGCCUCGACGAGGAAUCCCAACGGCCCAAGCACCGCCACCAAGGCGCCUCCGCCUUCGACGACUUCUCCGAGCUAGACGAGAAAAAGUCCUCGUCGCCCACGCCGGACCCCUACGACCCCAACCGCCCUCGCCUCGGCUUCAAGCAGCGCCUGCACCACUUCACCUGGGCCUGGUACACCUUCCCCAUGAGCACCGGCGGCCUGGCGCUGCUCAUCGGCAACCAGAUCAACUCCUUCCCCGGGCUCAACACCGUCGGCUUCGUCGUCUACUUCAUCAACCUCGUCAUCUUCUUCACCGUCACCACGCUGAUCGUACUACGCUUCCUACUACACAAGGGCGACUUUGUGCGCUCCAUCACGCACCCGCGCGAGGGCUUCUUCGUGCCGACCGCCUUCCUCUCCUUCGCCACCAUCAUCACCACCACCUAUCGGUACUGGAUCCCCAACGACGACGGCACGCUGUCCUGGGCCAUCCAGGGCGUCUUCUGGGGCUACGUCCUGCUCACCCUGACCCUCGCCGUCGGCCAGUACAGCUUCGUCUUCGCCUCUCACAGCCACAAGCUGCAGACCAUGAUGCCCACCUGGAUCCUGCCCAUCUUCCCCAUCAUGCUCUCCGGCACCAUCGCCUCCGUCAUCGCAAAGACCCAGUCCGAGAUCGCCAUCCUGCCCGUCCUCGGCGCCGGCCUCACCUGCCAGGGCCUCGGCCUCUCCGUCGCCAUGCUCAUGUACGCGCACAUGAUCGGCCGCUUGAUGCAGUCCGGCCUGCCCAACCGCGAGCACCGCCCGGGUCUCUUCAUGUGCGUCGGCCCGCCCGCCUUCACGGCCCUGGCCCUCAUCGGCAUGGCCAAGUCGCUCGAGGCGUCCACCGCCCUCGACAACUCGCUUCUCGACAAGACUGUCCUCUACAACCUGGCCAUGAUCAGCGCCGUCUUCCUCUGGGCGCUCAGUCUCUGGUGGUUCUUCAUUGCCGUCGUCGCGGUGGUCCAGUCACCGCCGAAAUACUUCCAUCUUGGCUGGUGGGCUGCCGUCUUCCCCAACACCGGUUUUACCUUGGCCUCGAUUAACAUGGCCAGAGAGUUUGGAAGCGCACCUCUCGCGUGGUGCACCACAGUCAUGAGCAUCAUGAUGCUAUGCGCCUACUUGUUUGUCCUUUCUUUCCAGAUUCGCGCAGUCGUUAUACAGGACAUUCUGUACCCUGGCAGGGACGAAGACGUUGAGGAUCAUUAG